AUGAAGCUAUCGAAUGUAGGCUUGACUUUCUCUCAGCACGCAAUCGCCGCCGCCAGCCAGGCUGCGGGUGUCAGCUUUGAUUACGCGCAGACCGCACUGAAAUUCGCCACACUCGAAACUGCACAAGGAAUCGGCUACCUGGCAAGUUCAGACACGGCCACCGCCGCCAUUCAGAAACUCAAGCGCCGCUUCCCGCUCUUGGAGGAUAUCCAACGCGCCUAUAGCGAAGGUCAGGACGUCCAGAGAUCGCGCCGCCUCGGGAGGGAUCCUCGCCCAAUGUUUUACGACGAUGGGGAGGAGGAGAUGAUGAUGGCGGACCCGGAGAGUGGUGCGGAAAUGCAGAUCGUCUACGAGAACAGCUCCGCGCAAGAGCCGGGGCAAAGCCACGGACAGUUUCGAGGAGGUCCGCUCGAUCACUCUAACCCCAUUAUUGGUUCUGAGAAUGACUCCGAAGACCUCAAAGCGAAGGAAGAUGCUGAAGCGACGGAGAGUAAGGUGGAUUUGUGGUUGAAGGGGGUAGUGGAGAAGGAGUUCUGA